CUCUGCCCGCCGCGGUGCUGCGGAGCCCCGGCUCGCCAUGGCGGGGCGCCGGGCGCUGUGGAGCGGCUCCGUGCAGCUCGUCGCGCUGCCCUCGGCCGCGGGCUGGUCAGGUGGAACGCCGCAGCCGCUCAACAGCUCCUACUGGAGACCUUCAGAGCCGCCGCCGUGGAAGGGGUGGAGCGGCACCAUGGAGGAGGAGGAGGAGGAGGAGGAGGAGGAGGAGGAGAAGGGGGACGAGACUCUUCAGGGGAGGCAGCAGCAGCCCGGGAGCUCUCCUGAAAAAGGUAUGGAUAAGAACACAGACCAAGAACAGCCUUCAAGUGCCUGUAACCAGUACCCUAAAGAAGCAGUGAAGAAACGUCAGAAUUCGGGUCGAGGUUCCGGGGGCAAUUCCGAUUCUUCCAGGACCUUCAGAAAAAGCUUCAGGCUGGACUACAGAUUAGAAGAGGAUGUUACUAAAUCAAAGAGAGGCAAAGAUGGGAGAUUUGUCAACCCGUGGCCAACAUGGAAAUCACCAACCUUACCCAACAUUUUGAAAUGGUCCUUCAUGGAAAAAAAUAACAGCAAUGUGCCACGCUCCAAGCAGGAACUCGAUAAAGAACUCCCAGUGUUACAACCUUACUUUGUUCAAACACCAGAAGAUGCUGGGAAGACAGGAGCUGGUAUGCGAGUCACAUGGCUGGGACAUGCCACAGUUAUGGUGGAAAUGGAUGAACUCAUAUUUCUUACUGACCCCAUUUUCAGCCAGAGAGCUUCCCCUGUUCAGCUCUUGGGUCCCAAGCGCUUCCGAGGGCCUCCGUGCACGGUGGCGCAGCUGCCCAAGAUAGACGCGGUGCUGAUCAGCCACACGCACUACGAUCACCUGGACUACAACAGCGUGGCCAGCCUGAACCAGCGCUUCGGGAGCGAGCUGCGCUGGUUUGUGCCCCUGGGGCUUCUGCAGUGGAUGCAGAGAUGUGGUUGUGAGAAUGUGAUCGAACUGGAUUGGUGGGAGGAGAACUGUGUCCCUGGUCAUGACUCGGUAACUUUUGUCUUCACCCCUUCCCAGCAUUGGUGCAAAAGGACUGUGACAGAUGAUAACAAGGUUCUCUGGGGCAGCUGGUCUGUCUUGGGACCUUGGAAUAGGUUUUUCUUUGCAGGAGAUACUGGAUAUUGUUUUGCUUUUGAACAAAUAGGUAAAAGGUUUGGACCUUUUGAUCUUGCAGCCAUCCCCAUUGGAGCUUAUGAACCAAGGUGGUUUAUGAAAUACCAGCAUGUGGAUCCUGAAGAAGCAGUAAGAAUCCAUAUUGAUGUUCAAGCAAAGAAGUCUGUAGCAAUUCACUGGGGAACCUUUGCUUUAGCAAAUGAGUAUUACUUGGAUCCUCCAGUUAAAUUGAAUGAAGCUCUUGAAAGAUAUGGCUUGAAAAAAGAUGACUUCUUUCUCUUACGCCAUGGAGAAUCACGGAAUUUGAAUACAAAUGACCGGUUUGAAAACUGAAACAGUGUCAGUUCCUUUUAAGCCCUGUUUGAUUUGAUCUAGCAAUUAAUGUGACAAUACUAACAUAACGUACACAAUAGAUUUUUGAGAUUGAAUUGGAUUUCUAAAUGCCAAGUUUGUCAGUUUCAGAACUAAAGCUUGCAUACCAAUUUCAUGACAAAUUUUAACUAGUUACAUUGUUUAUAAUUAGAUUAUCUAAAAGUGGUUUAUAUAUUAAGUGUUGUCUGGGAAGAAAUGGCUCUGAUGUACACCACUGAUUAAAAAAAUUAUUUUUAAACUCUUCAUCUUACCUGCAGCAGCAAUAAUAACUUCAGCACAGAACAUAUUCUUAGAAUUAAUGGCUGACUUGAAUUAUUCAUUGUUAAACUGUCAUCUCCCACUUGUUAGUCUUCAGGUUAUGCCCUGUACCUUGAUGUACAAGCUUCUUACAGCUUCACUGUAUGUUUUGUGGGGUGAAGUCUUCCAAUACAGCUAUGUUGUUAAAGCACAAGCAUGGUAAAAUUGUUUCACUCUUCAUUUUCAUGUAUUAAUGAACCACAAAAGCUGAAUUUUACAUCAAAGAAAUGUGCCUUUUAAAGAAAGAGAUAAUUUAAUAUUGCAUCAUGGAUGUGUAAAACUAACUGCUGGCCAGAAUAUCUGCACACUUUAAUUGUUUUGUCUAUGUUUUUAAGUUAGUCUGAAUGUAUCAAUUGCAGCACAUGAAGUGGAAGAACCUCUUAAUGUCACUUGUCAUUGCAUUAACUCAGCUUUUUUCUAAGAACCUUCUUUUUUUUCCCCUCAGUAGAAAGUCUUAAGUAAGGGCUGUGGUAUUUUUUCUAAUAGCUUCCCUAUAAUUUUAAAGUCGAAUCAAGAUUACAACAUUGUUCAGUGUUAUAAAACUUGGCCAAAUGUGUCUGUGUCAAGUUGUCUUGCUAAUUUACAGAAUUAAAGCCUAUUGUUGCCAGCCAAUAAAAAGGGUUGUUAUUCUCCUUCGUAAUUUCAUUGGCAAAUCAUGUUUUGUUUUUUAUUUCUUUUGGUCUAUAAGAUAUGUGGGUUGGUUUGGGUUUUUUUUUUUUUUUCGUUCUUGCUGUAUAUUUUAUUUUCGUAUCCCACAAAGAUAAAUAUAUAUAAAAAAGACAUAUUAUUUAAAGGCAUGAACUUCUGGCAACUAAUUAAAACCAGUUAAUGAGAUUUCAUGGUAGGAACAACUGAGAUAAUCUUUUAACUAUAGACAGUUAUCAAAACUGGAUUAAAACUACCUUGUUAUUCAGUGUUGGGGGUGUUUCAGAUGAAUUCUCUUGUAUUUACACAACAGCUUCAAUCACUACUUGGGGUGAUACAAUGUAUAUUACCUGUUUGUAAUUUUGUGGAGGACACAACGCUGCGGGAAGUUUUGAGUACUUUGAAGGACAAGUUUAAGAUUAAGGUUGGUUUUGUUAUGGGUUGUUUUCCUGUUUUUAUAAUCAUCAAUUAUUUACUUUGGAAAGAGUGAAACUAAAAUACAGAAUGCCUAGCUAAGCAGCCAAAGAGCAUAGAUAGAUAUACUGAGUUACAUGGAUCAGAAACUAAAUGUCAGUAACGACACGUAUUGUUUUGGAUCUGCUAAUUCUCAACAUUUGUUCCUAGAAUGGUGGCGGUUACAUUUUGCUUAGUGAUGAUAAGAUUCCACCAAGGGUGUGAGGUGGGUGAUAAAAAUGAGACAUCUUUGCAAAAAGGCACACUGGAAGGUCUUGUAUGAUUUCAAACAUCUCAACAGCAUUGUUCUAUGAAGAAAACAUUUUAAAAUAGCUCUUUAUAGAACAGAAAAAGAAAACUGAGACAAACUGUAGUAAGUUUUCAUGUAUUUUUAGAAAAGGUUACUUGUUUCUGUCAGCUGUCGAAACAAUGGAUAAGAGAUCAACUCUAUCAAAAAGAUGGUACUUGAAAAAAUUAUUUUUAGGUUGGAGAACACAGAAAGGGACAUCUAGACAUCUCUGUUGUUGAGCUUAAGAAACCAUGUGUCAGCUAUAGCUAGAACAGACUGGUCUUAAUGUCUUGUCAGGAGAGCAGUGGGUAAAUUCUUAGUGUCUGGCCGAGUCUUUGUUUUUCUUAGUCAAAUUCAGUAGCAGAAAACAUUAAAUCUACAAAAAGUUGCAAAACGUUAAGUGAUUGCAAUGUAACUUGCUUAUUACAAACUGUACAGUGUUUUAGGAGCAGUGGGAAGGAGAAAAGGAAGUUCACUUUCAAUGCAGCAAUUGUCAAGUUUCUGACUGGGAAUCAUGCCAACUUCUAUUUCUUCCUUAAUUGUAUUCCUGGAUGAUGCAGCAAGGAAGCCAGUCUCUGAGCGAAUGGGGCAGAGUCCCUGUAGAGUGUGAAGAAAACUGAGUCUUCAUUGUAUUCCUCAAUCAUGGUGCCUUCUUCAUCAUUCAUGUUCUUUUUCAAGUUUGCUGCAAAUGCCAGGGCUCGAACCAGAAUAUCUCUGUUCACACAGCUGUCAAAAAGUAACACCAUUGAUGGCACCUAGGAUAUUGAAGAAAUAGUCCAUACUUAAUCACCAGCAGUAAGUAUGUGUAACUAAAUCAAACUUCAGAAAAUGGAAAAAAAUCUGCACCUAAACCAUCUAAACAAGAAAUUGUAUGAAAUUCUAGUAUGCUGUGAACUCCUGUCGGAAACUUGCACAGUGUGCACAUUUUCUCUUUAGGAGAGACUGGCCUGUGCAUCAAUGAGCUAAUGCUUUGUAUUUUCAAUCUCCAAAAUGUGGCUGUUUGGAAAAUUCCCAUUUGGAAGAGGGGGUAUGCUUUCCUUCCUUUCCAAAAUCAAAGUCAGGUUGAUUUUGCCCUGAAUGUUUUUGUUAACAUAUAUGAUAAAUGACAAAAUGAUACACUAAACAGAACUGAAUAUUUAGUUAUGCUAAACUUGUUUGAAUAAUGAAAAUACAGCAUUAUCUGGACUAGCUUUGCUUGUGGCAGAUAGCUCACAAAUAAAAGCUAUUGCAUUUUAAGUUAUAUCAGUUAUAAGUAACUAACAUUUUAAGAAUGUUACUUUGGGGAGUGGAUGAGGAUGCAGCACCAUUCCAGCCCCCAACUUUCUUUGUGAGGAAUUGAAACUUAAAGAAACCUGUGUGCCAAGGCCAACACAGCAAAUGUCAAAAAAUUUUCUCCAUGAAGAAAUAAGUAAAUGCACAGGGAAAGUUCACUUAGAGGCAACAGUUUUAUUGCUGCAUUUGAAUAAAGCGGUGGGGAUUCCAGUGGAAUUUGGUUGGGUUUGGUCCAGUAUGUUAGCUAUAGAAACAGCAGUUGAGAAGGAUCACUUACAGUACUGGUUCUGUUUGAUGGUUUUCAAUCCAUAUACUGACUGUGUGUCUGGAAAUGAAGUUUUGGGUUCCUUUUACAUAAUACAAACUGAACUUCAUGGUAUUACCUCUUUGGUGGAAAGGGAAGGUUGAUUAUUUGGAAUUGUACACAGGAAGUACAAGCAAUGUCUCCAAGUGCACAGGUCCCAUGCCUCUCCUUCUCUAAGUACAGCAUCUGUAUUACACUACCCUCUGGAAUAAAGCCCACCCGUGAAAGAAUGUGCACUUAGUUACUGAUUUUAACCAAGCAGUGUCUAUAAUUUAUUCUGGAAUUGCAUAUAUAUUUCUAAUACAUUAAAAUUUUUCUAGUGCAUGCAAUAUUUUAACUCGUACACAUGUAUAUAUGCUAAAAAUAAAAUGAAGCAGCAAGAACCU